UUCAUUCUAAUCUACGUAACGUACUCUUCACCACGGAAACGUGUUAAUCUAUUUAACGUUUCGUUUCGCUUCGCUAAAACCUUUACUUUUCGUGGUUGGAGUGUGUGAAGGUGUUGGGUUCUAUAUUGUGAAUGGAUGUGUUUCUGUAAUCGCCCACAAUAAAUUGCCAGCGAUAAUUAAUAUUUCGUGUUACAAGUCAGUGAAAAGUGUGUGUAAAUAAUGAAAGGAGGUUACGAUCAGAACGACUCGGGACAAUACAGCAAUAUGACCUACAGCAGUAACUAUUUACCUAGGACGGAUCCAGAAAAGGGAUUUGAUGCCCAUGACGCUGUAUUAAAGGCGAACGCACGGACGAAAAAAUGGAUCGCACAUUCUGUUGUUGUGGGCAGUAUUGCUGUGCUAACCCUUGCAGGCAUCAUGGUGGGCCUGUAUCUGUCAGGAAACCUGAAAGAUGACGAGAAAGAAAUACCUGUAGUGUCAGAAAAUGCGGCUCAGGCUGGGCGAGGUGACGCUCUCACAGGAGGAUCCAUGGCAGGUGGUGCGGGCAAGAAAAAACUUGACGGAAAUUUGAACGAACUGGGAGGUAUACAUGCAGUAACACCACGCCCAACUACACCACAACCGGUACAAAAUAACAUUGCCCCAGAACUGUUGUUAGCAGCGACAGGAACUGAUUUACUCGAUAAUUUCCAAGAUACUGUCAGUGACGUUUCUGAAAACAUCAAUGAGGCAGUAAGCGAUGUUGCAGAUACAGCAUCAGACCUUACUGGAGACCUUCUUGACACGACUAGUGACAUUGCUGAUGGUGCGGGUGAUGUUCUGGACAGAUUCGAUAACACUAUGAUAGAUUCUCUAAAUGAAAUGUCAGAUAAUGUGGAAGAUAUGGUCGAAGAUAUGUCUGAUAAGCACGAGACAUUAAGCAAUUCGGAAGUUUUAGGUGUCGAAGACCUCUUAGAAACAAUGGAAGAGCAAGUAGAAGAUGCUUUAGAACUCCUUGGCGAACCAAGAGAUAUGAUAGAGGAAAUUAUUGAAAAAGCUGAAGACUUAACGGAAGACUUAAACGAUAUGGAUGGUUCUGAUGGAGAUGACUCCAAUGAUGAUAAAGAAAGUGACAGUGAAGACGACGAUAAAGAAAGUGACAGUGAAGACGACGACAAGGAUGAUGAUGACAGUAACGAGAAAGAAAACGACAGCGAUGAUGAUGAUGAUGAUGAUGAUGAUGAUAAAGACGGUGAUAGUAGUGACGAAAAAGACGACUCUGAUGAAACUGAUGAUGAUGAUGAUGACGACGAUGAUGAUGACAAUGAUGACGACAAUGACGACGAUGACGAUGACGAUGAUGAUGAUGAUGGUGACGACGACGAUGACGAUGACGACAGCAGUGAAGACGACAACGAUAAUGAUGGUGAUAAAGAUGAUGACAGCGACGACGAUGGUGAUCAGAGUGAUGACAAAGAAGAUAACGACAGCGACGACGAUGACGACGGAGAUGACGACAACGACAAUGAUGGUGAUGAAGAUGAUGACAGCGACGACGAUGAUGAUCAGAGUGAUGACAAAGAAGAUGAUGACAAAGAAGAUAAAGACAGCGACGACGACGACGACGACGACGACGACGGAGAUGAUGGAAAUAAUGAAAGUGAUGAUGAUGAUGAUGAUAAGCAUGAGGACAAACAGAAUGAAGAUGACACUGAGAGAGAUGAUAGUGAUGACAGGUCUGAGGAUGUGGGUGAUAUAUUUGAAGACAUUUUCGGUGACCGAGAUAUUCCUGAUGAUGUAAAGGGCGCUUCGCAAGACAAAGAUCAAGACAGAGAUUCUGAAGACAAUGACGAUACUGGCUUAUUCAAAACAGACUUCCUUUCUGAUAGAUUUGACUUAUCCUCUCCUGAUUCCAAUACAGACAACGAAAACAAGGGUUUAUUUUCUACAGACUCCCGUGAUUCAGAACGUUCUGACGACGUUUCAGAUAUAACUGACGGCAUUCAAAACAUGGCUUCUGAUUUAUUCAGCGGGGAAUUACCAAAAGUAAAAGAAACACAAGAUUUUGACAUCGGAGAAAGGUUUAAUUUUGAACCGCAAUUACCUGAAAUGAACAUAAGGGAUACUAUAAACGAUGGUGCUGAAUUUAUGCGUGACGUUGUAAGUGACGGUGCUGAAACUUUACGUGACGUCACUAACAUGGAUGACUAUGGUUUUGGACAAUCAAACUUUAACAUGGAAUUUCAGAAUCCAUUAAGUCACGUGGGUGAAUUUGUGAGUGACAUUUCACAGACAUUUGAAGAUCGCCCUGCUCCUGACUUCUCCAUCCCCGAAUUUUCGCUGGAUACGUCAUCACUCUUGCCGAACAGAAAUGACAAUUUUGAAAAUAGUUGGUUUGAAAGAAGUGAAAGUACAUUUGACAACAGUGAGCCAAGUAACUUUGAAAGAACGUCAGAUUUUGACCGUGAUUCCCAUUCCGAAAAUGAAGAAUCAGAUUUUGAAUCUUCGUGGGGAGAAUGAUCGAAAAACUCACUUAUAUACUUUGAGGACAAGUCUCUGAAUUAAGUAAUUAAUUUAUAUCUAAGGAAUUAUUCCACAUCUUAGGGGAAAGAAUGAUAUCGGAUGAUAAGUAAGACUAAUAUCUCCGAAAGAGUGAUAAACUUCCUUUAUUUAUACAUUAUAUUUAUAUAUUCUUUUCUUUUAUUUUUUUGCUAUCAGUAGAAGAAAAACCCAGAAACUUACUUCGGUCACAUUGCUUUAAUAAGGUUUUUUUUUUUAUAUCAUAUGUCAAGUGUUUUGGGUAAUUGAAUUUUAUCCUAUCACGCGAGGUAUGUAUUCUUUUAUUUUACAAAAACGAAAUUUCUGAAAUCACAAAUCUCGUGCCACAGAUAAAAUAUAACUAUUUGAUAAAUCACUGACACAAAUUAUGCAAAAACAAAAUAAGCCCUUAUACUGACGUCAUGUAAAUUAUUAUCAUAUGGUUUUAAAUAUUUCAUAUUAGCUCAAUUGUUGCCUGCCUUCUGUCCUUCAUAACUAUUCUAUAUAAAUGAAAUGGUAGAUUUUCCUAUGAUCUUCAAGAACAAGAAUAAGAGAGAAAUGCUUGCUGCUUUUACAUUAUUUCUUUGUAACAUUUGUUUAGUUUUACA